UAAUACAAUGACGCAUUACGAUAUUACAUAAACUAUAAACAUUAAAACGUAAUAACUAAUAAUGUAGUAUUUUUUAUAAUUUAUUAGGUACCCUAGUCCUAUUUUCUAAUUGUCUACAAUCUAGCUUCUACCCAUCAAGUAGAAAGUAUAAGACUGGAAUAGUACGUUGUGCGUAUGACACCAUGACACUACACGACAACAGUCGGCUCUCAGGGUACAUUCACCCUUUCGUGUAUGUGAUGUGCCACACAAACGACAUGCCUACCCACCUUAUAGGAUCAUUAGAAAAUACCGACAUUUUGGGUACCUACUGGUUUUAAGUUCUUCGUGAUGUAUUUUACAAUAUUUUAAUUUGCAAACAAAUAGUCGAGUGUACAACUUACUGUUGUGACUUAUUAAGUCUCCAAUAGUGUGCCAUUAGUGAUGUCGAGUUACAUAGUAUGCAUAUCAUAAUAGUUGGAUAGAAUAAUUAAUACUGGUAACUCUUGUCUAUUGACCCAUUUUAUGUUACAAAGGAAUCGUAAAGAAUAUCCAGAGGGUACAUUAUUAUUUACGUCAGACAUUCAGACAUGGAUGAUCAACUAGAUAUUAUGUUGGAAAAUUCCAAUGAGGAAUUUAUUACCUUAUCGUAUGCUGAUCAUUCAUUGAUCUCUCAUCCCGAACAAUUAUCUGAUGAGUGUGCGGACAUGAUUUUAGACCAGGAUAAUUGUCAAAAUAUGAGUGACAUGGCUCCAUUAAACGAUUUGUUGUUGGGACAAACAUUUUUAAUAGAGACUAACGAACAACCAUUAUUUGUAGAUGGCGCAGAAUUAAUUACAUUCCAACAUAUUGACUCAAACGAGCAAAUAAAUGAUAUUGAGACUAUUUCAAAUAAUAUUGAAUCUGAUAAAUCUACGGUUGAAAAUAUUGAUUUUACUAUAAAUUCUGAUGAUCAGUUCCAAGAAAUUUGUACAGAUUUUAAUAAAACCACUAAUGACAGUAAUAACUUGACAGAACAUUUACAAGUUAAGAUCAACACUGAUAUAACUAGUGGGAACUACAGUUAUUCAACUGCUAUUAAAAUUUUAGAUGAUGUCGCUAAAAGUCCUGUUGAUACUAAUGGUCAUUUUGUUUGUGAUUUAUGCUUACAUGAGUUUUACAACUGGAAACAUUAUAAAAAACAUAAACUAGAACAUUUAAAUGAUAAGCCGUUUAAAUGUUUGAAAUGUUUAAAAUCAUUUAAUUACAAUAAUAAUUAUUUACUUCACAUUGCUUCUCAUUCAACAAGUAAUUUAAAAUGUCCAAAAUGUAAAAAAGAAUUUAAACGCUAUGCUAGCUUUAAAGCACACCUGAAAAUUCAUAAAACUGAAGAAUUAAUUACAUGCAGUAUUUGUGACAAAAUAUUUGACAAUCAGUAUCGAUUGGACAUUCAUAAAGAAAAUUGCAUACAAGAAAAUUUAAUGAAUCCUGGUGAAGAAACAUCUGUUGGUUGUACAAUUUGUAAUAUGUCUUUUUCAACUGUAUCAGAAUAUAAAAUGCACAACAAAGAACAUAGAAAAUUUGAUUCAGUGUUGAAAAAAUAUCAUAAGCUUGCUACAAAAUUUAAAAGAUUACAUAAAACAGCUAAUAAAGUUAAAAAAUUUAAAUGUGAUCAUUGUGAUUGGUCAUUUAAUAAGUCAAAUCUUUUACGCCGACAUAUGAGAACACAUACUGGUGAAAAACCAUUUGAAUGCACGGAUUGUUCAGUAUACUUUACUCAACAAAACUCAUUGAAUAGACAUCUGAUGAAACAUAAAGGAAUACGACCAUUUAGAUGUGAAUUCUGUGAAAUGAGUUUUUGUCAAAAAGGUCAUUUAAUUAAUCAUAUGAAAAAAUGUCAUGCUGUUAAAAAAGAACCAACAAGAAUUCAUAAAUGUUCUAUGUGUUCGUGUGUUUACAACAGUAUCAAUGCUCUUAGUAGACAUUUAAAUAUUUUCCAUGGAGUGAAAACUAGAAAUGUACACAAAAAAGUUAAAAAUAAAGUAACAAAGAGUGUAGAAACAGUUGAUGAAAAUAAACAUUCGAAUAAAGAUUCCUCAAAGUUAAAACAAUGGCUUGAAGAAGUAGCUCAUGAAUUGAAAAGUGGUGAUAAUAAUACAGAGUUAAAGAAUUGCAACGACCCAAUUUCUACCCAAUGUGAUUUCGGAUUAAAUUUGAUUGAAAGUAAACACUAUGAUCACAUUCUAAGCCCAAUUUCUAAUAUAGCUAGUGAUCACACUGAAAUUGAAAACUUGACAUAUACUCUUGCAGAUGGUGAUAACUAUAUUAUUGUUGUAAAGAAGAAACAAGAGCAACCAUCAAUCAAAAAUGCUGUUGUUCAAAAUCAAGAAAAGGAAUUAGUAAAAACUGUCACUGAAAAUGAAUCAAUAUCACUAAAUGUUGUAAAAGAAACUGCUAAAAUGGAAAAGGAAUUAGUAACAACUGUCACUGAAAAUGAAUCAAUAUCACUAAAUGUUGUAAAAGAAACUGCUAAAAUGGAAAAGGAAUUAGUAACAACUGUCACUGAAAAUGAAUCAAUAUCACUAAAUGUUGUAAAAGAAACUGCUAAAAAGGGAAUGGAACCUAUAACAACUGCUACUGAAAAUGAAUCAAUACCAUUAAGUGUUGUAGAAGAAACCACUACCACUAAAAAGCUUCCUUCAAGAAAAAAAAAAUGUGGGAAUAAAAUGUCUAAAUUGGAUGCAAAAAAGAUUUUACCAAGAAAAAAAAAUGUGAGUUCAUUAAAUUUGAAAAAGAGGAAUUGUAUCGGUGAUGAAAUUAAGAGAAAUAUAAAUCUUCCAAGUAGUAAAGCUGAGCCAAAAGUUGUAUAUGUACCAAAUAUAGCUACUAAUUCAGAAGAAAGAACCAUUAGUAUCACGGAAAAGCCAUUGCCAAAAGUAUGUCAAUUCUGUGAGAAAAUAUUUAAAAAGAAUGCCGAUCUCGAAAGACACGAAAGAACACACACAGGUGACAGGCCAUAUAAAUGCGACGAUCAGGAUUGUAAUAAAGCAUUUGCCACUAAGAGUUCACUUGAAUAUCAUAAAAUCACCCAUUCAGGUCAGAUGAAACGAGCAGAGUGCCCCCAGUGUAAUGGAUUAUUUGCUACAACGUCAACUUUGAAAGUUCACAUGCGACAACACACAGGUGAAAAACCAUUUAAAUGUCCUGUAUGCGGUGAUGCAUUUCGGACAACUGGGCACUUACAUACACAUGUGAUAAUCCAUGAACGAAAAAAGAAACGCAAAUAAAAAUAUAUAUGAUUUUUAUCAAAUUAAGUUUUGUUUGUGAUACAUUUUAAAAUUUACCUACCUUGUAAGAUUUUCUACUUCGAGGAUGGUUUCUGAUAUAAAAAUAGAAAAUAUUUGUAGAUUCUCAAAAUUUUUUUAAUGAUCUGGAAGAACAAAAAAAAGUGAAUGAAAAACAAGAAAUUAACGCAAAACCGAUUUUGAUUUUUGGUGUAAUUCAAAAACUUAUAACCAUAAAUACUAUAAAUUUUCACCAAUUGCUUGUUUUAUCAUUUUUAUAUGUGAUAUAAUUUUAAAAAUACAUCGUUUUGAGCUAUUUAGUAUUUAUAGACAUUUUUGAUUUUGUGGGGUCAAAAACCUAGAAAAUGUAAUACAAGGUUCCUCAUAAGUUGAAAAAUAUUAAACAUACAUAAGCAUGGAUUUAUGUUAUACGCAAGUUCAAGUUUUGAUAAAAUUCGACAAAAUCUUAAAAAUGUGCAAAUUUUUUUAUAUUUGAAAUUUGGAAAUGUUAAAUUUUUUAUAGCUAAGAAUUAUUUAGAAUAAGGUUUCUCAUAAUUAGUUCAUACUGGACCCAAAAGUAUACAAACACAGUUUUUUAUAAAUAUUUUAAGUUCAAAUUUGGAUAAAAUUAUAUUUUUGUACACAAUCCUUUUAUAUUAUUGCGUUAAAAUUUAACACAAACAUUACAGUGUCUCUCUAGACACCUACUGUUCAACAGACCCACUUGCUGCCCACUUCUUUUUUAUGUUAUAAUAUAAUGUACCAAACGCUACGUUAGCUGUCUAUACAAAAUUAACCCUUUACGCCGAAAAACUAAAUACUAUGCUCUGUUCAACGAGAGUAGGCACAAGUUUUGCGCAUGUAGACUGAAGACCGAAAGCUCGUCGAGGCUCUGUUGCCCCUCCAAUAACCCCAAUGGCGACCAACACUAUAUUAUCUCCGACUGCCGAUGAUUAUGGUCAUUAGUCGGUGGCAAGCCAUAGCCAUGCGCAGACCAAACAGAUUUUUGUCGGGAGGCCUGUGUGUUCUCUCGUUGAACAGAGUAUAAAUAGUAAUUGAUGAACUAUCAAAAUCAAGUUUUUUCCAAAUAACUUCUUAAAUAUCCUACAAAAUGUGUUUUUUUUUAAAUCCUCAUUGCACAUCUAGAUCAUUAAAGGAACCACUAUUCUAAAUUUAAAGUCCUUAUGUUUUGUCGUUUUUUGAGAAAUAGCGAUGAGUGAGUGGUAUUUAGCUUUUAUACAUAUUAUUAUAGAUUUAAAAAAUGUGUUGUUAAUUAAUGUCUUUAAAAUAUUUCAUAUAAAUUAUUUUACUGUGUAUAAGUGUAUUAAAAAUAAAAGCAGAAUUUUAUGGUAUUGUGUCUGGGGGGGGGGGGGAGGGUUGACAAAGUUGGUAUCCAAAGAAAUAUCCCCUCCCCCCCCAGAACAAAAUUAUAACUACGUCACUGAGCUCAGGUAAAAAAAAAAGUACUUAACAGAUCUAUCAAAAUAUUUGCUCAAUUAAUAAAAAAUUUGAUGAUUUUUACUUAAAUAAUCCAUUUUCAAGUAAUAUAAAUAAAUAUUGAAAAUUUGAUGAGGUAAGAAAUAAGAAUUUGUAAAGGCAUAUUAAACUUGAUUUAUAUAAAUGUAUAUUGCAUAAUAUAUUAAAACAUAAAAUAUUGAUAAUUUUAUCUGAUUAUAUUGUAUUGUUAUUGUACAACUUUUUAUUUAGGUACCAUAAGGUAAUAGGUUCCUACUAGCCUAAUACCACAGAACAACAAUAUUAGAUAUGCUAAUACCUACAUAUCUGUCAAUUAUCAUGAAUUGAGAUUUAUAUGUAUUUGGAUAUAUGGCGGUCAGGUCUCAAAUUAUAUUUAUAAUGUGAACAUAUUUUUACCAUUGUAAAAGUUUUAGGUACCUAUUGGAAAUAGUUGUAUAAUCUAAUAUAUACUAAUAUCUAAGAAUUUGUACAUUAUAUAUUAAUUAAAUUAAUGUUUUUUAUUUAAUAUUAUGUCUGUAACAUUUGAUGUAUUUUAUCAAAAUCAGUAAAUGUACAAAAUUUACAGA